UGUCUGUGCUGCUGUUCGUGGGGGUGAGGCUGUGCAGGAGGGCCAGGGCGGCCUCUCUGGGUGUCUGCUCUGUUCCUGAGGGACACUUUCCUGGCCAUCUGAUGGACGUUGCACGUACAGGAACCCUGUCCCAGAGCUAUCAGUAUGAGGUGUGUCUGACUGGAGGUACUGGAACAAAUGAGUUCAAAUUCCUGAAGCCGGUCAUCCCCAGUCUUCAAUUCCAAGAUGAUGCUGGUUCUAACGUGCAGGGAAAGGAGAACUUUCGGGAUAGCCUUGGAUUUAAUAUUCAGUAGGAAAGUUUCCUUUAAACUCUUCAUAUUUUCUUUUUAUUGAGAAAAUUGCAAACGCUUUUUUCCUAAUCUGUAAUGGAUUCUAGGUUUUACUAAUGUUGCAUGCAUUUUCAUUUCACGUUUUUCCCCCCCAUAGUUGCUUUGAAAAAUCUUUAUUGAGAUUACGGUGAUGCAAAGAAACAAUCUGCACUUUUUGUUUUGUUUAUUUUGUUAAAAUGUUAUGUUAAUUUUUUGCUGUUGUUAUGCAAGACACAACAAUGGAAAUGCUGACUGAAGUAUUUAGAGGGAAUGCCUUGAGCUGGUGAUUCCUGUAAUACUUACUGGGUGGAGGCCACAAGCAGGCAGCCCUGGGUGGAUCUACAGCAAAAGACACGGAGGGAAGGUAGAAGGGAACCAAAAAACGGGGCAAAUGUCACCAUAUAUGGUAGUUAUUUGAAUGUGCUGUGAAAACUGUGCACCAGAUUUUGCUGCAUCUAGGAAAAAGUUAUGGUGGAUCAUUUGUAGUAUUCUCUGUUGGAUUAUCUCAACAGAAAAGGUUUUUUUUUUUUUUAAUGCUGUCCCUCGGUAUCCAGCAGCUGUAGUAUUGGUAGUAGUAGUGUUUCCAAGAAUUAAUUUCUGCUCAUGUUGCUGCAUUAAACACUGAUUUUGAAGUAAUUUCUCCUUUUCUCUUUUCUAGCGAUGCCUUCUAAUUCUCAAAAUAUUUUAGGUC